UACAAGAUUUGGUUUGUGGUCCUCCAAUUUUGUCGAGUUUGAUUCCUUGGGAGUUACAAAACUUUAAAACAAACAUGUUGGGCGCUAUGAAAAUGCUCAUUGCCACUCCCCCUUCCCCACCAAAUUUGGUCUCUACAGUAAUUAAGAAAAAUGUUGAAUCUCUUGAUCAAGAAUCCAAGAUGGACUCAAGCCUAGAUUCACUAGUAGGAGAUGAUGAGGACAGUGCACUCGGAGCUAUGAAGGAAGAUGAGAAGGAGUCUAAAGUCAUGGAAAAAGAUGAUAGUGCCACUUUUGUAGAUGUUGUUAAUGUCUACGCACUUAAUCCCACAUCAAGUGAAUUUUUUGUGCCAAUAAAUGUCUCUGCGGGUGUGGUCAUUGCAAAGUUUGAUGUUCCCGAUAUUAUUGACAAUGUGGUAGAUACAGAUAAUAAGCAAGCGGACAACCCCAUUUCAUUUGACAUCAUUAAGUUGUGUGACAUUGCCGAUGUGGUCAAGAUGCUGCACCUAGUUUCAUUGAGCGAACCUACAUGGGGUAUUGGCUUUAUCUCACAGGCCCCUCAGUUUACUCCAAGUUCGAACAUGGUUGAAGAUUCAAGGAAUGGACCGCUCCUUUGGUUUAGCAUUAGCUCUCCAGUUGAGAAGCACGAGUGGGAGCCUCCACCUUGUGGACAAGGUGGUUUUUAAGGGGGUGGGAAUGAUACGAAUAAUUAGUUAGAAUAUUA